AUGGGCCUUCAGUCAAAGGUGAACUUUCUUGCCUCGCUGUCCGCUGGCGCGACUGUCCUUUUCUACUCAGGUCAGUUUGAGGUGACGCGCUUCGUCGCUGAGCUGGAGCGUGAGGACCACCUCAGGCCCAGUUGGUACUUCGCCGUACCGGCUGUGCACGAAGCGGUGCUGCGGCAUGCUGACGAACUGGGUCGCCCCCUUCGGCAUCGACUGAAGCUGAUCCGUUCCGCGGGGGCGGCCUUGGCGCAGCCCAGUGGACGCAAACUGAUCGAGACUUUCCGCUGCGCAGUGACCCCGGCGUAUGGCAUGACUGAGGCGUUGGAGAUCACAUGUCCACCGGUCGACUACGAUUUCUCCAAACCGGGAUCCGUGGGUCCAAGCAUCAGUGCCGGAUCUCAGUCAGAGGGUGGCUGGAGGAGGGCUGGUCGGGAGGGCUGGUGGCUGGAGGGCUUGUGGGCGGAGGGCUGGCUGGAGCGCUGGUGGCUGCAGGGCUGGGGGUUUCACUUCUCGUCCCUCGGUCGCGGCAUGCGCAAGUUUCUGAAGCGGACGCUGCACCUUUUCCGGGCGGGGAAGGCGCGACGGGAGCUGGAGGCGAAAAGCGCCGAGCAGGAACGCUUGAGGAGCGAACUGCUGCAGGUGCGGCUCUAUCUAGCACACUACCUGCUGUCCGUGUAUGCGGCUGUAUCCGGCAUCAUCGUAGCCGCGAACAUGACGACACUCUCCAUGCGAAACCCGACGUACCUCACCCUGCAAGGAUCCUGGCUGUUGAUCGCCGGCCUGGCCGUUUUGAACUGCUACGCUUUCCUCCCUCAGAGGCUGCUCAAGGUCUCCCUCCUGAACGUAUGGUUUGUCUUCUUCCUGAUCUCUUGUAUACUUUUCGCCAUGCCCUGGAACCUGCCCAUCUUUCGCAUUUUCGAUGCUCUGGUCAUUGCCCUUCUCUUGCGGAUUCCAACCUCGCUGUUGGCGACUCGAACUCUGUGGGUUGCCUUGGGCAACUUCGCGGUGUCGUUGAUGAUCGUUUGGCGUCUGUGGUCCAGCGGCGCAAUGCUUCAGUCAGGCAGCUCGCUGCCUCUGCUUCUCGCAACGAUGCUGGAAUGCGCUGUUUCCUCCCUCGCUGUGGUCUUUUCUGUGGUGAUGAGUGAGAUCAUGCGGCAGAGAGCAUCUCUACGAUGCGAAAACACAAAGAUAUCCUAUGACAACUCAGCCAUCAGCGGGCUCUUGCGUCUCAUGAGCGACGCAGUGAUCGAGCUGGAUCAGGACUUGAGAUUGAUCCGACACUCGCCGGAGCUCAGCGCCAUGCUAAUGAGAGAUCGACCUGGGGCUUCGACAGAGGGCCUGGCUUUCUCAGACUUCAUCCAUUCCGCCGAUGCGGCCCGGGCAGUCGAACUACUGCUGGACCCAAUUGGUGUGACUGCAGAGAGCGGCACUUGCGCCCACGCGUUUCAUACACGCUUGGUGGACACCUUUUCGAACAAGGUGUGCGUUGAAGUUUUCACAAUCAAGACCGAAAACGCAGAGGGACAAGUCCGACACCUGCUCGGCCUGCGAGACUUUACGGACAGUCACUCUUUGUCUGCAGAGCGCGCCAUGGAUGCCAUGGAUUCCGCGGAGGAUUUGCAAUUUUCUUUCUCCUGGCCAAUAUCUGCUGCAGAGAGUUUGAGGGCCGACGUCGCUUGCAGCAUCCGCUCGGAUGCCGUAGCUAUCACCUCCUCGGCCAACACGGACCAGGAGUGGCCCAUUGCAGGUCCCGUAAAAAAGCAGGCGUACCUGGAUCUAGACAUGGAGGUGAAAGUCAUAGCUAGCGCCUCGGCCUCGGUCACCUUCGUGGCGGGCCUUUCGCUCGACGACUUCUUUCCCUCGCCUCACACGUUGCAGCUGCUGCAGCAGGUAUGCGAUGAAGCUCAGCGAAGUUUCGAUAGCGAUGGAAGCAUUCCGAACAAGGUCUUCAACUUCGAAGACCUUCCUGUGCAAUGGACGCCGGCGAAAUGCGGCACCCUCGUCGGUGCCUUUCAAGUGGUCCGCACUCGCUUCGGUGGUUUAGGAAUACUCCUGGCUUUCGACGAGCCGGAUUGGUCUCAGUCACCCCACCGGCACAAGCGAGCUUCCGGUAGAUCAACUUCGUCCCGGGCUUCCAGAAAGCAUCGAUCGACGCAUCCAGCCGGCACGCCCGGGCGAACUCGCCAGAGCCAGAGUUCGUUGACACCCUUAUGA